AUGAGCGGUGAGGUUAUAAUUGACAAGGAGCUUGAGAACCAUUCUGUCAAAUUAUCAGAGACUUUAAGAUAUUUCACUCUAAAAAAUCUUGGUGCAUUUUUCACCGUCAAAAUGAAACUUCUUUUUAGGGGUGCUGAGGCUGAAAUCUACGAAGAUGGAGAUUUGAUUAUUAAAAAACGUAUCAGUAAAAACUAUCGGAUUCAAGAAAUUGACAAAAAAAUUAUUGCCACGAGAAUAAAGAAAGAGACAAAAGUUCUUAAGAAACUGAAUCUGCUGAAAAUAAACACCCCUAAAUUUUUCAAGACUGAAGAGGGCAUAACCCUGAAGGAAGCACUGAACGAAUCAAAUUAUCCCCAGAUCAUGCAUGAUUUAGGAGUGAUUGUAGGGAGAAUUCACAAUGAAAAUAUAAUCCACGUUCUGUUGGUUCCCAAGAAGUAUUGGAUAGAUUGGAAAGUGUUAGCCUUCUAUUGGGCUAUCAUCGGCAAAUAA